CACCACGUGCUCGCGUGACGUCACCACGUGCUCGCGUGACGUCGUCCCGUGUUGUGAUCUCGCGGCUCCCCCAGGAAGAUGGCGGCGCGUAGCGGCGAGGCCGAGGAGGAGGCGGCGGCGGCGGCGGCGGCCGAGAGCGCCGAGGAGGCGCGCGGGCUCGGCCCGGUCUCUGCGCGGGACCUGGCCCAGGCCUGGCAGCAGUCCCCGACCCUGCGUGCGGACCUGUACUCCCACCUGGCACUCCACGUGCCGCGCGUGUACUGCACGGCGGCCGCGGGCUGCGCGCAUAGCGAGGACUUUCUGGCCGGACAGCUGCUGUUGGAGCCGCUCGAGUGGCUGCUAUGCGGUGGGUGGGACCCCCUGGAGCGGUUCGGCACACUCCGCCAGGAGGCCCAGACGCGUCAACUGUGCGGACACGCCUUCAAGAUGGGGGAGCCCACGUACUCGUGCAGGGAGUGUGCGAUGGACCCCACGUGCGUGCUGUGCAUGGAGUGCUUCCAGCACAGCGUGCACAAGAGCCACCGUUACCGGAUGAACGCGUCGGGUGGGGGAGGCCUGUGCGACUGUGGUGACGUAGAGGCCUGGAAAAGCGGCCCCUUCUGUGAUAUCCACCUCCCGGCCAGCGGCGCACCUGACCCCGACCCCACGUCCCGGCUGCCCUCGGAUCUGGUUGCCCGUGCACAAGCCGUAUUCAGCAUUGCCCUGCGGUAUGCUGCCGACAUGCUGUGCUGGGAGGAGGAUGACACGCUGCCCCUCGGCCUGGAGCCCACGCGGAAGGGCUCGGCCUACUACUGCAUGCUGUUUAACGACGAGGUGCACACCUAUGAGCAGGUGAUCUACGUGCUGCAGAAGGCGGUCGGCUGCUCGCAGAAGGAAGCCAGCAACUUCGCCACCAACAUUGACCGCGAUGGACGCAAGUCGGUGCUGUACGGAGAACACAAGUUAUGUGAGCAGGCGAAGGCUGUGAUUGAGCGGAGCACGGGGAGAGGCAACCAGAAGCCGCUGAAGGUGCGGGUGAUGCUGGCAGCUGUGGUGGCGCACCAGCUGUUUGCCAUGCGGCUCCUGGCGUGGCUUGCACACGUCAUCUCACACUCGGAGGGCCUCCGGAGGGUGCUGUGCCAGGUGGGACUGGACCCGGGGCCUGAUGGGCAGGACUCGUCUCCUAUCAGCCGCCUCAUGCUCUACGACUCCAAACUGUGGAAGGGUGCGCGGAACGUUUACCACCAGCUGCUGAUGAGCAGCCUCCUCCUGGACCUGGAGUACAAGCGCCGCUUCGCCAUUCAGUUCACCAAGAAUUACCAGCGCCUGCAGAAGGACUUCAUGGAGGACGACCACGAGCGCUCGGUCUCCGUCACGGCGCUGUCCGUGCAGAUCUUCACAGUGCCCACUCUAGCGCAGGAGCUGAUCCAGACGGAGGGGCUGGUGCGCGUCAUCGUCACUGCGUUCGUGGAGCAGCUGCUGAGUCGACGCGACAGCAGCGGACGCUUCCAGUUUGAGCGCUAUACAGCGCUGCAGGCCUUCCGCUUCCACCGGAUGCACGCCAUCCUUGGUGACCUCAGGUACGUGUUGGCAUGCCGGCCGGCAGGGUGGAGUGAGCAUCUGAGACAGCGCUUCCUUGAGGGGUUCGACGUGCUGCUGGAGCUGCUCAGGGCCAUGCAGGGAAUGGACCCAGUGUCACGACAGGUGAGCCAGCACAUGGAGGUGGAGCCCGAGUGGGAGGCGGCCUUCACCCUGCAGACCAAGCUGACGCACGUCCUCGCCAUGCUGCAGGAGUGGUGCGCCUCUGACGAGCUGGUGCUGGUGGAGGCGUACCGGCGCUGCGUGGAGGCGCUGGCCGCCGGCCAGGAGGAGGAUGCUCCCGAGACUUUGGUAUUGGCCGGCCACACCGUGGAGAGCGGCGCCUUCUGCGUUUCGCAGCGGCCCGUCAGUGUGCACCUGCCGCUGUCCCGCCUGCUCGCCGGUCUUCACGUGCUGCUGAGCCGUACGGAGGUGGCCUACACGCGCCCCGAGCUGCUACCCCUGAACGAGCUGAGCCCCCCAGCGCUCAUUGAGCAGCCACUACGCUGCCUGGCCAUGGUGGCCCAGGUGCAUGCUGGGAUGUGGCGCCGGAACGGAUUCUCGCUCGUUAACCAGAUUUACUACUACCACAACGUGAAGUGCCGCAGGGAGAUGUUCGACAAGGACAUUCUCAUGCUUCAGGUCGGAGCAUCCAUGAUGGACCCCAACCACCUGCUCAUGAUUCUGCUUAAACGCUUCGAGCUCUUCCACCUUUUCCUGUGCCCCGAGUACGGGCGGGCGCACGGCACGGACGCUGCAAAGGACAUGACGCAGCAAAACAACAGCCUUCUGGAAGAGAUGCUGCACCUGGUCAUCAUGAUCACCGGCGAACGGUUUGUGCCGGGGCUGGGCCGCGUGUCGCCGCUGGAGGUGACGCGGCGCGAAGUCGUGCACCAGCUCUGCAUCAAGCCGAUGGCACACAGCGAGCUGGUGCGCUCGCUCACUGAGGACGAAAACCACGAGACGGGGAUGGAGGCUGUGAUUGAGGAGGUGGCCACCUUCAGGAAGCCGGGCGUCACCAGCAAGGGGCUCUAUGAGCUGAAGCCCGGGUGCGCACGCGACUUCAACCUCUUCUACUACCACUACACACGUGCAGAGCAGUCUAAGGCGGAAGAGGCUCAGGGGAAACUGAAGAAGCAGAGCGGAGAACCCCUGGUGUUCCCCCCGCCUGCUGCCCCGCCGCUGUGCGUGCUGUUUGCGAGCCUGGUGAACGUGCUGCAGUGCGACGUGCUGCUGCUCGUGCUGGCGACGGCGCUGCGCUGGGCGCGUGACCCCCGCUCGCACGCGUGGACCGAGCCCAUGCUGCAGCGGGCACUGCACCUGGUGGUGAUGGCACUGCAGGAGGAGAAGCAGCAGCUGGAUGGUGGCAGUGGCGAUGCGAGCGGCUCCUCCUUCUCGGUCAAGGCUGCGAGUCCUGUGAGCAGUGGGCUAGAGGAGCACCCAGACGGAUUGAGUCUGCUGGCGUUGCUCAGGCUCCUACAGAACGCUGCACACCUGGAGGCGCAAAAAGACACCAUCACCUGGACACUGCAGCUGUUCGAGGCCGUGCACCAGCUGCAUCAGAAACCCAGCCAGGGCAUCGCCAUGGCUGUGUCUGGCCAGCGUGCAGAGGAGAACCCACAGGAGCGCGAGAAGGCCGAGCGCAAGCGCAAGGCGGAGCUGGCGCGCGUGCGCCGGGAGAAGGUCAUGGCACAGAUGUCGGCCAUGCAGCGCAACUUUAUAGAUGAGAACCGCGAGCUCUUCGAGCAGACACUGGGGCAGGCGGAGGUGACACCAUCGCCGGCCACGACACCGUCUCCCGUCGAGGGAGCGCAGGCAGUGAGUGGCGGUGGCGCUGUGGUGGCGCCAUGCGCCGUGGGCCCCGGUGCGGUGGCCCCGCCCCAGGGCCGCCGUACCGCCGCUUGCAUCUUGUGCCAGGAGGAACAGGAGGUGAGCGCCAGCCGCCCUGCCAUCGUGCUCGCCGCCUACGUGCAGCGCUCCACUGUGCUCAGCACGGCCCCCCGCGCCACGCACAUCUCCACGGAUGGGCUGGACCCUCUACUGGCACCAGUUGAGCUGCCGUGUGGCAUCCACACCAGCAGCUGUGGCCAUGCCAUGCAUGCUCACUGCUGGCAGAGUUUCUUCGAGGCUGUGCAGAUCAAGGAGCAGCGGAGGCAGCACCGUCUACGUGCCCACGCCAGCUACGACGUGGAUGCGGGAGAAUUCCUGUGCCCGCUUUGCCAGUGCAUCAGCAAUACGGUGCUGCCCGUGGUGCCCGCCUCACCGACCACGCGUGCGGAGCGCACCCAGCCCGACAGCGAGGAGGAGUUGGAGGUGCCCGUGCUGGCUGCGUGGCUGGGCUCCGUGCGCGCUCGCGUCGCCGGGCUCCACGCACUGCUCCACCAUCAUGGCCGUGCCACAGACUGCCAUAAGGUUGGCUUGGUUGGCGCGGCCCCUGGACCCCCCGUGCUGCCAGACGGCUUCCUCGAUAUCCUCCGCACGGGGGUGCAGCCACAGACUGCACACUCGGAGAGCCUGCAGGCAAUGCUGGCCACGUUCGGCACUGCCGUGUUCCGCGUGGGCCUCCGGGCCAACCCCAACGAGGCCGACCCGCGCAUGGGCCCCGUAGCCUGGGGCACCGUCGCUUUCUCCAUUCACGCCGUCGAGCGGUGCCUGCUUGAGGAGGGGAAGCCGCUCUUCGGGAGCCUCCCCCGGCGUCAGGACGACUGCUUGCGGGCGCUCACCGGAUUCUCGGCAGCACAGAGGACGGUGCUGGAAACCAGCGUGCGGCACAGCCACGUGACGCAGCUCUUCUCGUAUCUCCUGCACGACCCGCAGCUUGCAGACAGCUCCCCGGCCAUCCUCGACGUGGACAUGUUUAGUUUGCUGGUGGGGCUCGUGCUGUGUGCGCCGGCGCUGUUCGCAAGCCCUGAAGCCGGGGGGCCCCAGCAGGAGCCCUCGGGCGUCGCCUCCGCACUUGCCGACCUGCACCUGCUGCACCUUGUCACCAUGGCGACCGUUGCUCAGUUGCUGCUCACAGCCGGCGCCGACGAGACAGAUGAGCCCAUGGACCAACAGAGCAACUGGGACUCGGAGGAGCUCCGCCGAGUAUCCACGCUGCACCGCCAGCUGCUUGCCGCCAGCGGGGUCGCCGAGUGGGAGCCAUCUCCGUGGCACCUGGUGCAGCGUGUGCGCGCCGGCGCUACCCCCUUCCUGCGCUGCUGUGCGCUGCUCUUCCACUACCUGCGCGGGACACCGGCACCCCCAGAGCUGCACGCGGCGUGCCCGGCGCAGUUCGAGGUACUAUGCCGUUACCUCUCUCUGCCAGUGAACCUCGCCGCACUCUUCACCACGCACGAGGGCGUGGCCACCGAGCUCCUGCACAGAUGGUGCGGGCACGGCGCCGUGCGUGCUGCUCUGCGCGGGGAGAGGCGAGUGGUGCAGUGUCUGCCGGAGCUGAGCCGCCUGGUGCCGCUUCCGGAAGACUACAGCGAGCUCAUCAACCAAGCAUCGCGCUUCACGUGUCCUCGCCUGGAAGGGGACGAGUCCCGCGCGCCCAUCAUGUGCCUGGUGUGUGGCACCAUGCUGUGCUCGCAGAGCUACUGCUGCCAGAGCGAGCUGGACGGCGAGGACGUGGGCGCGUGCACUGCACACACCUACACUUGCGGCGCUGGCGUCGGCAUUUUCCUACGGGUGCGCCUCUGCCAGGUGCUGCUGCUGUCCGCUAAGACCAAGGGCUGCUACUAUCCCCCGCCGUACCUCGAUAACUACGGCGAAACCGACGUGGGUCUCAAGCGCGGGAACCCGCUGCACCUGUGCCCCGAGCGCUACAUGCGACUCCAGCGGCUGUGGCAGCAGCAUGGCGUCGCCGAGGAGAUUGGCCACGCGCAGGACGCAAACCAGUCCUACACCAGCAUCGACUGGCAGCAGAUGUAGGUCACGCCGCACCGUGACUGCCGGCACGGGGCGAUCAUUUGUUCUAUUGCGGUGGAGCUGGCGGCGACUCCGCGUAAGGAAGCGAUGGGAUCCUCUGGUUUUGAAUUAAACGCGUUGCACCGUAAAAUAAUUGCGAUGUCUUUGCGUGGCACACAAUGGCUCCCCGAGCGAAGAGAAUGCACGGCGAGGGGGCGCAUCGGCGCUCCCGUGACCGGGCAUCUCUGGAUCUUCACGGCCACUGGUGGGGAAGGCGGAUGUCCGCAGCGUGUUACGGGUUUCGAGCUUAGGCAUCCGCGUGGUGGUGGCGGUGGUGAUGGCGGCCGAGGCGUGAGCACUUUAAACAGAGCGGCACGAUGUUGACGCGACCGUGAGAAGUGGCACUGUAGAGGGGGGUGGGGGGUGUGUGUGCGGGUGAGAACAAGAGCCUGCGGACGCUGGACAACCAUUCUGCAUCCACGGAUCCCCCCCUCUCUCCAAACGAACCUUGCUGUGCCUCGUGACCACAUUGGGGCCCAAAUCCGCCCGGGGUGCAUGCUCUCCCUGUGUAUGGUGGUGUCAACAUGCAGACGUGUACCCGCGCGUGUUCUGCUUUUGCGUGUACACGGGUUGAAUGUACUAUAUUGUAGCAUACAACAAUAAAGCAUUAUCGCCCAUCA